AUGCCGGUUCAAUCCAAGCUUCGUCAGGACUCAAAUUGGCUCGCACAACUCGUCUCACCUCACAACAGAGCAAAGCAAGGUCUUGGCCUCGUCGCCCUUCUUGUCCUCUUGUCUCUCCGCAAACAAUUCCACCAUUGGUUGGAUCGGCGCAAUGUCAUCAAACUCGCCCGCACACAUUCCGGCUCGGUCCAUCUCGACGUGGCUGAUGCCUUGAAACAGGUCUAUCUACCCAAGCCCGACGGAUCUCGUGACUUGCUCGUCCCAAAUCGUGGUUAUGUAUCCAAGGUUCCCAUCAAGCCUACCUCGAAACGCACCUUCGAUGCCGACUAUGCUGCCUUCCGCAAGCUGCCCCCUACUUCCGAUGCAGCAGCGGUCAACGCAGGCAAGAAAAACAUCAGCCAAGAAGAUGCGAAACGCUCCCAGAUCGAAGAUGCAAAGUCCAUGCGCGCCGACGGCGGUGCGGCUGCCGCCACCGCCAAAAAGGUUGGUGUCAACAAAGAGUUCUUCCGGCAGCUCAAAGCCAUCUUCCGCAUCCUUGUCCCACGCAGGAACAGCAAGGAAGUCUUUAUCUUCCUCCUCCACACCUCGUUCCUCGUGCUUCGAACCUACCUUUCUAUGCUCGUCGCCCGUCUCGACGGUAUCAUUGUUCGUGAUCUCGUCUCUGCCAACGGUCGUGGCUUCCUUCGAGGUCUUGGUCUCUGGUUCUUGCUCUCCAUCCCAUCGACCUACACCAACUCCAUGAUCCGCUUCCUCCAGUCCAAGCUCGCAAUCGGCUUCCGCACGCGCCUCACACGAUACGUCCACGACCUCUAUCUCAACCACAACGCCAACUUCUACCGCAUCAUCAACCUCGACGGCCGUCUCGACGCCGCAGAUCAGUACAUCACCACCGACAUUGCACGCUUCUGCGAAACUCUCGCCGCCCUCUACUCAAAUGUCUCCAAACCUGUGCUCGACCUCAUCAUCUUCAACUAUGCCCUCAGCCGCUCCCUUGGUCCCAUGGGUAUCCUUGGCCUCACCGCAAACUACCUCUUCACCGGCUGGAUCCUUCGUCAAGUCACACCUGCGUUCGGCAAACUUGCUGCCAUCGAAGCCAAGCUCGAGGGCGACUUCCGUUCCGCCCACAGCCGACUCAUCACAAACGCAGAAGAGAUUGCCUUUUACAACGGCGCAUCCAUCGAAGCUGGUAUCCUCAAUCGUGCCUACAUCCGCCUCGUGAGACACAUCAACAGCAUCUUCAAGAUCCGCGUCGCGUUCAACAUGACCGAGGACUUUGUGCUCAAGUAUGCUUGGUCCGCCGCAGGUUACGUCAUCAUUGCUGCGCCCUUCCUCUUUGGCCAGAAGAAGCCACAGUUUGAGUCGACCGAUGCAGCGCCCAUGCCAGCCCACAUCGACAGCACCGUUGCGUCCAAGACCGAGUCUUAUAUCUCCAAUCGCCGUCUGCUUCUGUCUCUCGCCGACGCAGGAAGUCGACUCAUGUACAGUUACAAGGAGCUCGCCGAGUUGGCCGGUUUCACCAGUCGUGUCUACACGCUCAUCUCGACCUUGCACUUGCUCAACAGAGAGCAAUACCAGGCCAUGCCCAGGCCUCUCGACCUUCCGACGGACAAGCCCUUCUACGACCUAGGUCAUAUUGAGGGUCAGGUCGUCGUCGGCCCCAACUCGGUUGCCUUUGACAAGGUACCCAUCGUUGCUCCAGCACCCGGCCUAGAGCGCGGGGGCGAGGAGCUGGUCAAAGACCUCACCUUGCGCAUUCAGCCGGGAGAGCACAUCCUCAUAACAGGGCCCAAUGGUGUUGGCAAGACAGCCGUCGCCCGUGUCGUGGCUGGUCUUUGGCCUGUAUUCCAGGGUCGCCUAGAGCGACCCUCGAUCAACGACAUCAUGUUCCUGCCGCAGCGACCUUACCUCUCCAUCGGCAGUCUCCGCGAGCAAGUCAUCUACCCCUACACCUAUCCCGAGCACGUGGCAUCCGGCAAGACCGAUGACGACCUGCUUGCCAUCCUCAAAGACGUGCACCUGGCUUACCUGCCCAGCCGAGAGGGUGGAUGGGAGACCCGUAAGGAAUGGAAGGACGUGCUGUCCGGAGGUGAAAAACAGCGCAUGGGCAUGGCGCGUUUGCUCUACCACCGACCCAAGUUUGGCAUCCUCGACGAGUGCACCAGUGCCGUCUCAACCGACGUCGAGGGACUCAUGUAUGCCAAGGCAAAGGAACUCGGUAUCACACUCAUCACUAUCUCGCACCGACCUUCGCUGUUCAAGUAUCACGAGGUGCUCUUACGUCUCACGGGCGAGAACGGUGCUUGGGAGACUGACUUUAUCGGUGCCGAGACGGAACAGUUGAGCAUGGAGAACGAGAUUGAGGAUCUCGAGAAAAAGAUGGCCGAAGUGGAAGGUUGGAAGACGCGCAUUGGCGAAAUUCAGAACGAGCUUCUCUUCAGCAAAAAUUGA